CUGUGCUGAAGGAGGUGGUGUUUUUCAGAUGAGAUAUAAAACCGAGGCACUGAAGUACUCAUUCUCUUUAAAGAUCCUAUGGCAAAAUUUGCAAGAUUGAGGUGUUAACCCUGACCUCCCAGAUAUAUUCUAACUUUGAUCAGUGCAUUCUGCUGGUCUAAAAAUUUUCCUCUGGUGUCAGGUGAACUUGGUUAUCCUCAAAUUGCCAUGCAGAGUUGCUGGCUCAGAACGUCUGCAACAUUCCUCCGCAGCAGAGGUUAAGGAAGCAUAAAGGUGCCAAGAGUUUAGGAUGGACAAGGACUUCGCUCCUUCCCCUCACAGGGUCCGCAGAUGUAUUCCAGCCCUGGGAGCCUGCUCCAGCCCCAGUCGCAUCCCAGGUUUAUUGGCCCGGCCGGUGGGAGGCGGGGGCCCGGCGCCUCUCGGCCCCAAGCUGAGAAAGGAAACCCAACCUGACUCCUUCAGCCAGGACUCCGCAAGGCAGAUUCCACUUGCAAAGGGGAGAGUGAGUGCCAGGCCUAACUCUAAGCUUGCAGGCCCAAGGGAGCUGAGUAGCACCGGGCUGCCCAUUCUGUGCCCUCUUCCCCAUUCAUCCAGGUCCCUUCCGUGGACUACUGCCAAUGGUUUGGCACCACGGAAGCUGAGCUCCAUCUCAUUUACCCUCCGCCGGAGUGGCUGUGCACCUCCACCUGAUCGGCAACUGCUCCCACCAGCCUCUGCAAGGAGAGAGCUCCACUGUCCACUGGGGGAGGAAGCACCAGGAGGGGAACUGCCCUUGUCAAAUCUGCAGCCGUUACCUGGAGUACAAGCCUUGCCCACAAGAGUGCCUCUUGGCUGCACGGAAGAGCAAAUAAAUACCUGGCAUGAUGAGCAAAUCAGUGCUGCAUAUCCAGGGUCAGAGAUGCCCACAGCAUUGCUCCCCUCAGGUCCAGAUUUCCAGAGAGGCUUGACCCAUGCUACCCUACUUUCUCCUCUGCCACAUCCCCAAGUCAAGGGUAAACAUCCCAUGAACUCAUCCAUGACAGCAGCUGGUCAAGAGGAUCAUGUGGCUACCAAGAGAUACAGUGACCCACUUGGCAUGGGAAUUCUCCAAGGGCCACUUGGGUGUGGGAAUAUGCCAAGUCCCAUUCCUGAGCUGUGUGCUGAGGGGCCAGCUCUGUGGGGCCAACUCUCUGCGGCAGAUACCAUGAUAUCUCCUGUGAUGGACACAGCUGGGCCAGCAUGGUCAGCAGACAACAAGAUUGAGACAGCUAUGACUGAGCUGGUGCCGGAGCCCCGGCAAAAACCAGCAGUGCCGAUGAAACCUGUUGGCAUUAACUCCAACCUGCUGGGCUACAUUGGGAUUGACACCAUCAUUGAGCAGAUGCGCAAGAAGACCAUGAAGACGGGCUUUGACUUCAACAUCAUGGUUGUAGGUCAAAGUGGGCUGGGGAAAUCAACACUGGUGAACACCCUCUUCAAAUCCCAAGUUAGCCGCAAGUCUUCAGGCUGGAACCGCGAGGAGAAGAUCCCUAAGACAGUGGAGAUCAAGGCCAUUGGGCAUGUCAUUGAAGAAGGUGGUGUCAAGAUGAAACUGACAGUAAUUGACACCCCGGGAUUUGGUGACCAGAUCAACAAUGAGAAUUGCUGGGAGCCCAUCGAGAAAUACAUCAAUGAGCAAUAUGAAAAAUUCCUGAAAGAGGAAGUGAAUAUUGCAAGGAAGAAACGAAUCCCAGACACAAGAGUCCACUGCUGCCUCUACUUCAUCUCCCCCACGGGUCACUCUUUGCGACCCCUGGACCUAGAGUUCAUGAAACAUCUCAGCAAAGUAGUAAACAUCAUCCCUGUUAUCGCCAAGGCAGACACCAUGACGCUGGAAGAGAAGACUGAGUUCAAACAAAGGGUGCGCAAAGAACUGGAGGUGAAUGGGAUCGAGUUUUACCCCCAGAAAGAGUUUGAUGAGGACCUGGAGGAUAAAACAGAGAAUGACAAAAUCAGGCAGGAAAGCAUGCCGUUUGCAGUUGUGGGCAGCGACAAGGAAUACCAAGUAAAUGGCAAAAGAAUCCUGGGCAGGAAAACUCCCUGGGGCGUCAUUGAAGUGGAAAACCUCAAUCACUGUGAAUUUGCCCUACUUCGAGACUUUGUCAUCAGGACCCACCUGCAAGACCUAAAAGAAGUGACGCACAACAUCCACUAUGAGACCUACAGGGCCAAGCGGCUGAAUGACAAUGGGGGGCUCCCCCCAGUGACCGCCGAGACAGAGGAGAACCACGAAAGUAAUCUGUGAAUCACUCCUCCCACUGUCUGGAUAUUACAAUCCGUCCCAGCUACCUUUGAGUUUACUGUAGGCCUGUCUUCAAAGCAUGUGGCACAUCCUCUCUCUGUGUGUGUGUGUGUAUAUAUAUGGGAGAAGGAGCAGGGGCAUUUCUUUCUCCUUCCUAGAAUGUCAUCAUUCUCGUUUUUUUGCACAGGCUGUUUGUUGUCCUCCCCCUCUCUCGUGUUCUGUGGUUCAGUUGCGUGUCUUGGUUUUGGGAAGUAGCAGAGGGAAUGCUGGGAGAUUUGAUUUCUGGGGUUUGGGUUGUUUGGGGAGGAUGACUUGAUUCUGUGUUUGCACAUUUGAAAAGCAUAGAAAGACUCCAAGGACAGACAGAUUGAUCAAUGAGCACAGUGCCUUCCAAAUGGUGGUUGCAUUGGAGAACCUUUUCAUGCAUGUGAGUGGAGUUCCCUGAUGUGGGUGGGGAAGGUAGGCGGUUGAUUAGGGGGAGUGAUAGGUGGCUAUGGCAUAUCUCUUUUCUGAGGCCUGUUAAAAAAGGGAAGGGGGGGGGAGUUAGUGGUAAUUUGUGGCUGGGAGGAGAGCAUAUUAUCAUAUAUUCCAGUCCAUGUUCUAACUGGGAGAUGCGUGGUGGUGGGAAGUGAGCACAAAUUAGAUCUUGGACCUUAGGGUUUCAUUGUAAGAUCUAGCAGCUGUUGUUUUACCUUCCUAUCACAGGUAUUUGGGAGGGGAGAGACUACGAAAAACCAGGAAUACUAAUUGAGGGACAAAUCCUGAGGUCUUCACUCAGGGCCAAAUAGCAGCAUUUAGCCACUGCCCUGGAAUUAGUAGGGUGUCUCCCUGCCCCAGCAGGCAGGGGGUCCGGGUAGGCUGCCCCAUCUUUUAGGAUACUUCAGCUUGCUGCCCCCAACGUGCUCGGCCCACUUUGCAAGCCAAUGCAAAGGGUGAGGAGAACAGGCCUGGGCAUAACUCUAUUGCUUCCCUUCCUGUGGGGCAACAUACACCUGCUGGGACACAGCAGAGGGACAGGCCCUGAACUCCCCUGCAAUUGUGAAUGCCCCUUGCACAUGACACACAGGGUAGGCUGCCUGAGUAGUCACCCAUGCAAGGGCCACCCAUAACCUGGCCCCCAGGAGUUUACUCAGAACUCCCAACGAAGCAAAUGGGCCAAGCCGAGUCCUCACACAGUUUUUACCCAGUAUUUACUUGGACAAAAUUGUCCCUGAAGCCAUGGGAGACGUGCCUAAGUAAAAAAAUGAGUGAGGGCCUUGGAACGUGCCCUAGAGUUAAAUGCUUGAAACUAUGCCAACACCACGUACUAGUGAAUCACACAUAUUAGUGUGAACAUGAGGCCAUCCCUUCUUUCCUUAGCACAAAGAGCUGGCUUCACUGGAACUAGGUCGUGGACAAACUGGGCAGAAUUUUGGCUGGCCUGCUGGUCUUGGGUCAAGUGAUCCCCUCUACACCCACCAGUCCUCGGCACACUCUUACUAGUUAGUUAUUGAGGACAUCAGAGGAUGUAUAGAGAGGGAGAAAUAUGUGCUAAGGGUGGGUGAAUGAGAAGGGAAAAGGGACAUUAGCAGCAGAGGAAAUCAUCAUUUCCAGGACUGGAGUGAGUUUCCACACAAGAACAGCUCCUAAUUCUGUUGGGAAACAUCAUGAGGUCCCUUUAUCUGCUGUAUAGGUUUCUGCUUUUAGGGAAGGAGGAGAGAAAAAUACAAAUUACCCUUGCCCCCCCAGCCAGGACCACCCACUUUUGACGUAGUGCUGGAUAUCAGUCCUUGAGCAAGUGAGAAUUGUGGAUACCUUGUGAGGUUCCUUGCAGAUUUUCCAUACUAGAAACCUUUCCACAGGCUUACCCUAGGGCCCAGAGCCUCUACUGUGCUUUUGGAUUCUUUGGGAUGAAAUGUGGGCAUUAUAGAGAUGUAAAGUUAAUAUUUUAUUCAAUUGCUUUAUGAAGAAAUGCUUUUUAAUCCCCUGGAUUUCUUGCUCUAAGGAUCCCUUUCCCCUUCCCAGUAACAGCUAUAUCAUUCUCCAGCUGUCAAACAAACGUGGUCAGUCUCUUCCACAUGUGAAUAGCGACUGCUUUAUCAGUUUCCCCCUCUGAUCUUCCAAGAGACAGCCUAGUAUUUGAUUAAGGGACUUGUCUCUCUCUCAGCACUGAGCCUUAGAUUAGAGGUAGAUGUAGUCACUGAAUGGUUAUAUCAGUUUUCUUAACACUAAGGCCUCUACUUUGUAUUUUACCUGUGGAGAAAUAGCAUUACAUAAGAACAUAAGAAUGGCCCUACUAGGUCAGAUCAAAGGUCCAUCUAGCUCAAUAUCCUGUCUUCUGACAGUGGCCACUGCCAGGUGCCCCAGAGGGAACGAACAGAACAGGUAAUCAUCAAGUGAUCCAUCCCCUGUUGCUCAUUCCCAGCUUCUGGCAAAGAGAGGUUAGGGAUACCACUCCUGCCCAUCCUGGCUAAUAGCCAUUGAUGGACCUAUCCUCCAUGAAUUUAUCUAGUUCUUUUUUGAACCCUGUUAUGGUCUUGGACAUCACAACAUCCUCUGGCAAGGAGUUCCACAGGUUGUCUAUGCAUUGUGUGAAGAAAUACUUUAUUUUAUUUGUUUUAAACCUGCUGCCUAUUAAUUUCAUUUGAUGACCCCUAGUUCUUGUGUUAUGAGCAGUAGCAAACAACACUUCCUUAUCUACUUUCUCUACACCAGUCAUGAUUUUAUAGACCUCAAUCAUAUCUCCCCUUAGUUGUCUGUUUUCCAAGCUGAAAAGUCCCAGUCUUAUUAAUCUCUCCUCAUAUGGAAGCCGUUCCAUACCCCUAAUAAUUUUUGUUGCCCUUUUCUGAACCUUUCCCAAUUCCAAUAUAUCUUUUUUGAAAUGAGGCAACCACAUCUGCACACAGUAUUCAAGAUGUGGGCGUACCAUGGAUUUAUAUAGCCGCAAUAUGAUAUUUUCUGUCCUAUUAUCUAUCCCUUUCUUAAUUAUUCCCAACAUUCUGUUUGCUUUUUGGACUGCCGCUGCACAUUGAAUGGAUGUUUUCAGAGAACUAUCCACAAUGACUCCUAUCUGCUAUAAAAUUGCAGUGUAGGUGCUUGGCUGGAGCCCGUGCUCUGAGACCUCACAAGGGGGAGGGUCUCAGAGGCCAAGCUCUAGCCUGAGCCCCAAUGUCUACAAUGCAAUUAAACAGCCCUGUAGCCCAAGCCCUGUGAGCCUGAGUUUGCUGCCCAGGGCUCUGACACUUGCUGUCACAGGUUUUUUAUCACAGUGUAGAUGUACCCUAAGACACUCAAGCUGGCUUCCCCACUAACUGCACCCAUUCAUGAUGAACAUACCAGGGUAUUAUCAACUCCAGUGACAUGAGAGUUUCUUUGUGCAGUGGUAAGGCCAUUUCUGCGUCUUUGGGGCCUGAAGAAUGGUCAUUGCAGAGUGCAGAUACCUCCCUGGCUAAUUGAGGCAUGGCCAGCUCCAGGCCACAUGCACAAAGGUGACCAAUUUUCCUUUGUCUGUCACUUGGAUUACAAGUACUAGGGCCAUGCUCUGUGAUCUGUGUCAAUGGGGCUUGUGUAUGUGGAAGGAGGGUAGUAGAUAUGGUCUUCUGUGGAGGAACUUGGGCCUGAUCGUCCAAGCAGGGAUUCCAGUUCUCUUGUGCCGCUCAAGGACCCCCUGCGUAAGAUGAUCUUCCUUAGUAGACAUUAUUUUACUGGCAUCCACACAAUGUACUAAGCAUCUUCCUAACACAUAGGGAUCGAUUGUCCAACCUUUCCUCAAGCAGGCGAACGCUUGCUCACGCAAGCAGCCCAAGUGAUUUCAAAGUCUCUCUGACUCCUCCAAUUACGAGGUGUUCACCAAGAUGAAUUUGGGUUGCACAACCUAGCCCAUAUGGGAAAGGAUGGUCCAGUGAUUAGGGCACUGGCUUAGGAUGUGGAAGAUCUCCUUUCAAUCCCCUGCGCUGCCCAGACAUGCUGUGUGACCUUGGGCAAGUCAUUCAGUCUCUCUGUGCCUCAGUUUCCCAUCUGCAUAAUGGGGAUAAUAAUGCAUCCCUACCUCACAAGAGGAUAAAUACAUUACAGAUUGUGAAAUACUUUGAGAUCUCCUGAUGAAAAGUGCUAUAUAAGAAAUAGGUAUUCUUAUUAUUACUGUAUUGGGAAAAAAGUGUGAUGUUAGCAUGUUAACUAACAUGUCUUAACUAACAUGAUGUUAAAACAUGGCUUUAUCCUUGGUGUGGACAAGGACAGUUGUAUUAAAAAAUGUGUUAAUUCAUCAUGGUUAAUCCUAUGGGGAACUAACCUUGACCAGCUCUUGUUUUUAAACAUACGUGUCCUUGUUCACACUAAGGACAAAGCUGUAUAUAACACAGUGAGGUCCUAUUCCACGCCUAUGGCACCUAUGUGCUAUGGUAAAUAAAUAAAUAAUAGCAGCAACAUUAUGUUAGUCAACACAUUCUCUAACAGGAUGCUUUCAUUCCCAGUAUAGACAAGGCCUAAGAAGCCAUCCGGAAAGAGGUAAACAUGUAAGUGAAGUGCUCAAGGACUGAACUCGCCAUGUCUUGGUAAGAGAGAGCGUUAAUGACACAGUGUGUUGGGGGUUUUUGUAAAAUGUAAAAAUUUCCCCCCAACGACACUUAACAUUAUCUAUCAGUAAAUACAACUGGGAAAAUUUUGAACCUCACUGGAAACAUCAGAUGCUGAUGCAGAACAGAUGCUGCAGUAAGUUCUUCCCCGGAGAAAACACAUUAUUUAAUAAAUAAUUAUUUCUAAUGAUUAAUUACAAUAACCACACUUGGUAAGUUUGUAGUGCUUUUUAUCCAGAGAUCUCAAAGCACUUUACAAAAGUGGGUAACAAUUACUCCCAUUUUACAGACGUAAACUGAGGCAAAGAGGUUACACAAUUUGCCUAAAAUCACCCAGCAAAUCAGGGGCACAGCUAUGAACAGAAUUCACGCCUCCCGAGUACCACAGCUAUGCUGCCUCCCCCAUCACUAUGUGCUUUUAAAAACCAAGGGUGGGGAACAUCCUGUACCUUGAACGAACCACUUGUUGUUUGAACAAACAAUAAAGAACCCAGGGUGACUUCUUAACAGGUUAUUUCUUCCCCCAAAAUAUGGGUCAACCUCUGAGCAUGCCCCUUUGAUGUUGGCUUUCCUGCCCACCCUCUCUCCCCUUUUCAGCCCCCAUAUCCUUUAUGCAGCACCUUCCCAUGCAGUACCCCUGAGCUUAAGAAAGAUAUAGGCUGCUGAUUUCAGAGCAAAUGCCAGUGUAAUGCAGUGGAUGGAUUGGUGAUGCCCAACAACAAAACAGGUGACUUCACUAUUAAAGCUGGAAGUUCCCGCACAACAUAUUUAAACUAAUAGUGGGUGACAAAGCACCCCAAAUUUUCCUUUCUCCCCACUGCCAACCUGAAAAUCAUUUGGUGCCUCCCAAAAUCUGAUGUACCUUAUAACAGAACUCUACAAAGAAGAACGAAAAAAGUCCCUUAGCAAUCAGGAGACAUCUACUCCCCUUCUCCCCUUUGACGUUACUUAUGAAUCUGUAUGGCAGCUCCAGGGCACCAAGGCUUACAGGGCAGAGAGAGAAAAGAAAUAAAUGCUGACUCCUGCCUUGGUUCUGGAAAUACUAUGCCACCAUCAGCCAUUCAAGACGCACCCACAGGUUUUCAGAAAUCUAGACCCCACUUCUUUCUUUUGGAAGCAAGUGCAGUGGAAGACAGUUAAUUUUACUUGAGAGAUGGAAGAGCAAGAAAUGAAAGUAUGAACAAGCAAAUGAAACCGGGUUCCUGGCACACCCGUCCCCUGACAGUAUCAUGAUGGAGUCUUCUUGUAUCAGUCCAGUGCUGAUCGAGAAAGAACGAAAUCACACAAACGUGUGGUGUAAAUGUCACUAGACUUACCUUUCUAUCUGUGUUGUAUGAUUAAACAAAAUGUCGCCAUUUGAA